UCGUUCCACGAGCCCCAUUUUCGUCUUGCUCUGUCUCUGCAUCUCUACUGCAACAAUGGUGGCACCCCUUUACUUGGCUGCCUUCUUCUCUUCACUUUUCCAUCUUCUUCUUCUUGUUCAGAGCUCCAAAAUCCCAGACUUGGAAGCUCUCAUGGCGUUUAAAACUUCUUCAGAUACGUCCAACAAGCUCUCAACUUGGAACCCCAGUACUGACCCUUGUACUUCUUGGUCCGGCGUAUAUUGCCUCCAUGACAGAGUCUCGCGGCUCGUUCUUGAAGACCUCGAUCUCCGAGGCUCUUUCGAACAUUUGACUUCUCUAACUCAGCUUCGAGUUUUGAGCCUGAAGCGAAACCGCCUCUCCGGUCCCAUUCCUAGCCUUUCCAAUUUCACGGCCCUGAAACUUUUGUAUCUCUCUUACAAUGAGUUUUCCGGUGGCUUUCCGGCGACUGUCUCGUCGCUUUUCCGCUUGUACCGUCUUGAUCUGUCACACAAUAACUUGUCCGGCGAGAUUCCCGCGACGGUCAACCAUUUGACCCACAUUCUCACUCUCCGUCUAAAUGAGAACCGUUUCUCCGGCGACAUUCCUAGUCUUAACCUUCCUAACCUUCAAGACUUCAAUGUCUCCGGGAAUCGACUGUCCGGCCAAAUACCCAAAUCACUGUCGGGUUUCCCCGAAUCGAGUUUCGCUCUAAAUCCGUCUCUUUGCGGAGCUCCGAUGCAGAAAUGUGCCAACUUUGUGGCCGAACCCAGCAAACCCGGAUCUGAAGGAGCCAUUGCGUCGCCAUUAACGCCGCGAAGCAACCCAAGAACACCAACUAUAUCGUCCACACCGAGCUCAAUGCCUGCAAACGAAGCAACACGUCCCAGAAAAUCCAAUUCAUCAGCAAAAAUAAGCCCCAUUGCUCUCAUCGCCAUUAUUCUCGGCGACAUUGUGGUCCUCGCAGUGGUCUCCCUUCUGCUGUACUGCUACUUCUGGCAAAACUACGCCGCGAAAUUGAAGGACGGAAAAGGUUCGAAGCUAAUGGAGAGCGAGAAAAUCGUGUAUUCAUCGAGUCCGUAUCCGGUUCAAUCGGGGUUUGAGAGGGGCCGAAUGGUAUUCUUCGAAGGGGUGAAGAAAUUCGAGCUAGAGGAUUUGCUUCGAGCUUCAGCGGAAAUGCUGGGAAAAGGGGGGUUCGGGACGGCGUACAAGGCGGUUCUGGAUGACGGAAGUGUCGUCGCCGUCAAGAGGCUCAAAGAAGCUCAGAUUGGAGGGAAGAAAGAGUUCGAGCAACAAAUGGAAAUUCUGGGAAGAUUGAGGCAUCCAAACAUCGUUAAUUUGAGAGCUUACUAUUUUGCCAGAGACGAGAAGUUGCUGGUAUCUGAUUACAUGCCCAAUGGAAGCUUGUUCUGGCUUCUUCAUGGUAACCGAGGGCCUGGCCGUACCCCACUGGACUGGACCACAAGGCUUAAAAUAGCAGCCGGGGCGGCGCGUGGAGUGGCUUUUAUUCACAGUUCAUGCAAGUCGCUUAAGCUCACCCACGGUAACGUCAAAUCCACUAACAUCCUCCUCGACAGGGCGGGAAAUGCACGCGUGGCAGAUUUCGGGCUCUCCAUCUUUGCGGCCCCCGCCGCCACUCCGAAAUCUAACGGCUACCGUGCUCCGGAGGCUCUCGACGGACGGAGAUGCACUCAAAAAUCCGACGUGUACUCCUUUGGCGUCGUCCUACUGGAGAUUCUCACCGGGAAGUGCCCAUCCUCCGUGGACGGCAGCGGGUACGGCGGCAGUGCGAUGGUAGAUCUUCCGAGGUGGGUACAGUCGGUGGUAAGGGAGGAAUGGACGGCGGAGGUAUUCGAUCUUGAGCUGAUGAGGUACAAGGAUAUUGAGGAUGAGAUGGUGGGGCUGCUUCAGAUUGCUCUGUCCUGUACGGCCGCUGCGCCUGAUCAACGGCCCAGCAUGAGCCACGUGGUGAAGAUGAUCGAGGAGAUUCGUGGGGUCGAGGUGGGGCCGAGUCAUGACACGUUGGACUCUGCGUCCGAUUCACCUUCCGUGUCUGAAGAUGCUUCUUGAAGUUCCUCUGUUAGCUUUUCUUCAACCAUUCUCUGAAUAUUUAGUCACAUUGUCCUGUAUGGGAUUCUGAUAAUCAAAUCGAUGCGAAAUGGAAGUUUUUUGUGUUAGCUCUAAAAUUAAAGUUCAUAUCUUUUUUUCCUUUACAACUCUUUUCUCCCGAGGAGAGGGUUCUAGGACAAAAACAGAGUGUUACGUCUUGAAUCAGCAAAAACAGAUUUUUAUUCUUAC